AUGAGUAAACGAACCAAAAGAAGAAAUAGUUAUUUCAAUGAAGAAGAUGAGUAUGAAACUAAAGAAGAUGCAUUGCAAUCAAAGAUAGAGAAGUUCAAAUGUCAAAGCUAUGAUGAGUCUAGUAGGUGGGAUGAUUAUGAAGCACAUUUUCUAUUGUUAUGCAAGGUAAAAGGAUUGGGAGAAGAUUCUCAGAGAGCAGAGGAUGCUCGAAGGGAUCUUUUGCUUGCCUAUGUGGGUCCUGCACCAUUAAGAAAAGUUUCAAACUUUCUGCUGCCUUUAAAAGUACAUCAGGCUACGUGGGCAGAACUAGUUAAUGGUUUCAGGUCAGUAUACAAAGCUAGUAAAACUAUAUUUUCAGCUAGAAUGGAAUUUGAAAAAAGUAUCAGAGAAAAUAGUGAAAGUCUUUCAGAAUUUGUAAUACGUUUGAAAAAUUUAGCAGAUUUUUGUAAGUAUGAGAACAAGUUUGAUGAAAGAAUAAGAGACAGAUUUGCUGGAGGUAUAAGUUUUCCAGAGUUUGAAGUAGAAAUUAGACAACGAUGGCCUGAUGGGGUAAAAGAAAACGGUGACAAGUUAACAUCUGAAGAUGUUUUUGAACUGGCCACUUCAAUGGAAAGAGCUCGUCAUGAGAUAUUCAAGAAUAAUGAUAAAGAGUUGAAAGUAUCACAAGUAAGAAGAAACAAUAAGGAGGUUAAAAGAGAAGUGAAAUACAAUGAAAAGACAAAUCAUCCAUGUAGUAGAUGUGGAACAAAGCAUGAAUUUGGUAAAUGUCCAGCCUAUCAACAAAAGUGUUUGAAUUGUAAAAAAAUAGGACAUUUUGCAAAGGUAUGUCGGCAAAAACGAGUGAAUAAUUUGCAUGAAAAGUCAGAAGAUGAAGAAUCUGAAUCGGACUCACAUGACAUGAGGAUAAACGAUGUUAAAAAGGAAAGAAGACAUAUUUGUAAAGCACGUAUUCAUUUAAAGUUAAAUAAGGUAGCUACAAACAUGGAAUUUGACUCUGGAGCUUGGGCCUCAAUGAUAGGUAAGCCUCUUUGGGAGAAAAUUGGUUCACCAAGACUUGAUAAGACUAAUUCAAAAUACGUGGCAUAUGGAAACAAUAUUUUAGAUAUACUUGGUGAAUGUUAUGUCAAUGUUACAGUAGGUGAUGAAAAACGUAGAUUAAAAGUAGCAGUAGUAAAUGGAAAUGAGAAACCGCUGUUUGGUUUACCAUGGAUAUUAGCCUUUAAUAUGAACCUCCCUCCUGAUGUUACUAUUAGUAAAGUAAAAUGUAAGCAGAAUCAUAAUCAAUAUAAGAUGGAUGAUGUGAGGGUUAAGGAAGUACUAAAAGAAUUUGAAGAUGUGUUCUCUGAAGGGCAUGGGAAAAUCAAGGGUUAUAAAGCACAAAUUCACGUUCGAGAAGAUGCAAACCCUCAACAUUUUUCAGCACGCAGGGUUCCGUUUCCCUUGAAAAAACGAAUUGAGAAUGAACUUACAAGACUUGUAAAUGAGGAUAUCAUUGAAGAGGUAGAUCCUGCUGCUACACCUAUUCCCUGGGCUACCCCAACAGUUAAUGUAGAGAAGAAUGAUGGUUCAAUAAGAAUUUGUGGAGAUUUCCGAGUCACUUUGAAUCAAAAUUUGGUCCCAGAAAAUGCAAUUAUUCCGACAUUUGAGGAACUAACAAACAAAGUUGCAGGCGGACAAGAGUUUUCCAAGAUAGACCUACGAGAUGCAUACCUACAAAUGGAGGUUGCAGAAGAACACCAAAAGUAUUUAGUAAUAGCAACGCAUAGUGGUUACUAUAAAUACAAACGUUUACCUUUUGGGAUAUCAUCUAGUCCAGGUAUUUUCCAAAGAUAUAUGGAAAGACUCUUAGCUGGGAUACCACAGGUUGGAGUUCUUCUGGACGAUAUUAUAAUAACUGGAAGGAAUAAGAACGAGCAUUUACGAAAUUUGAGAGAAGUUUUGAAACGAAUGAAAGAAGCUGGUAUAAAAGCAAAGUCUAGUAAAUGCAAAUUUUUUGAAGAGUCGGUGACUUACUUGGGACAUACAAUCGACCGGAAUGGAAUACAUCCUACUGAAGAAAAAAUAAAAGCCAUUCGAGAAGCACGGUCACCUACUAAUGUCAAGGAACUCCGAUCAUUUUUAGGUUCUAUUAACUACUAUGAACGAUUUAUUCCGGGACUUCAUGCCAUUUGCAGUGAUCUCCAUAAGCUGACUGGGACUAAAUCACAAUGGAAAUGGUCCGAACAAGAAGAGGGGACAUUUAAAAGAGUAAAAGAAAUUCUAUCAAGUAAAGACACAGUAGUGCCAUACGAAGAAAUGAGACCAUUGGUAAUGGUCUGUGAUGCAUCAGAAAAUGGAUUGGGAAGUGUACUAAUGCACAGAUAUGUAGAUGGACUAGAAAGACCAAUUGCUUUUGCCAGUCGUACACUAUUGCCCGCUGAAAAACAAUAUUCAAAUAUCGACAGAGAAGCGCUAGCUAUUAUGUUUGGACUCAGGAAAUUUCAUCAAUAUGUAUAUGGUCGGAAGUUUACUUUAGUAACCGACCACAAACCUCUUCAACGGAUAUUUGGAAAUAUGCGAGAUCUUCCAAAAGUUGUAAAUAGCCGUUUAGUGAGGUGGGCUCUCCAGUUGAAUCAAUACAACUAUGACAUAGAGUACAGAAAAGGAGAAGAUAAUGUGUGUGCUGAUGUUCUAUCAAGACUUCCGAUUGAAGAAGAUCAACCUGAGGAGGCUAACGUUGGCUUUUUGAAUGUUGAUAAGGUUAACUCUAUCAUGUCUUAUGACCUCUUGAAACAAAAUUCAUUUACAGAUAAAGCAAUUAAAAUGGCAAAAAACUUUGUAUUGAGAAAUACAUGGCCCCCUGUUGUUCCUGAAAUGUUGAAGUCAUACAAACAGAGGAAAGAUGAAUUGAGUGUUGAAGAUGACAUAUUAUUGUGGUUUGGAAGAAUUGUAGUUCCAGAAUGCAUGAGAACUGAUGUUCUGAAGAUAUUGCACACAGGACAUCCUGGUAUUGUAUCAAUGAGGUCUGUAGCACGACACUAUGUAUGGUGGCCCAACAUGGAUAAAGAUAUCAAAGUUUAUAUCAAGAGGUGCACAUCUUGUCAAGAGAAUCGAGAUAAUGUGGAAGAAGUACCAUUAUAUCCUUGGAAUGUACCUGAUAGAGUUUGGGAAAGGGUACACAUUGAUCUGGCAGGGCCAGUCAACGGAUCUAUGUGGUUGGUAGGUAUUGAUGCUUUGUCAAAGUGGGCAGAAGUGGACUGUCUCAAGACAACAAACUCUUCAACAAUCAUUCAACGACUGAGAUCUUGGUUUAGUCGAUAUGGAAUACCAAGUGAAAUUGUGACAGACAAUGGACCUCAAUUUGUAUCAAAGGAAAUGGAAACAUUUUUUGAGAAAAAUUCUAUCAACCACAUAAAAACAACUCCCUACCAUCCUAAAAGUAAUGGACUUGUGGAAAGACUAAUUCGUACUUUGAAAAGACGGUUCUACACAACAAAGCAGGAUGUUGGAGAUGGAAUGCUAGCUCUUCAAAAUGUUCUUUUUAGCUACAGAAACUCGCCUCAGAAAACAACUGGUAGGGCUCCUGCAGAAUUGUUUCUCGGUCGUAGACUACCAACAAUUUUUGACAAUAUGAAACCUAAUCUUAGGAAAAAGAUGGAGAUGAAGCUUUGGAAAGAACAAGGGAGGGACAACAAAAAAGUUCGAACUUUUGAAGAGGGAGAAGAUGUGUGGAUUAAGAAUGAACAUGGGAAUGGUUGGUCAGCUGGAAUGGUGAAAAAUAAAAAUGGACUGUACUCAUAUGAUGUACUUUGUGGAGGUGUUAUAAAAAGGAAACAUGCGGACCAGAUGAGACAAAGAAUGGGAGCUGUUGAAUCCGUGUAA